CACACAGACAGGCAGACAGACAGGCAGGUAGACAGAGACAGACAGACAGGCAGAUUAGGACAGACAGGCAGAUUAGGACAGACAGACAGACAGACAUACAGACAGGCAGAUUAGGACAGACAGGUAGACUAGGACAGACAGGCUGAGCGUACUUGAGGAUGACAGAAGUGUCAACGUCAGUCUGCAUGCUUCCAGUCUUCCUUUGCUCUAACUUGACAGCACCAAAACAUUCUGGAUCCACACUUCUUCUUCUUGUUGAUUUUCUGCUGACUUUAAGCAGUUUGUCAGACACUUUCUUUCCUCCCCCCCUCCCCAAAGACAGGCGGCAACAAGCACGGCUGAACAUUUACAAAAUCGCACAUGAGACAAGGCGAUGACUGUCUCCUAGAGAGAAGACACACGGGGGUCGUCAUGGACCUCCUCUUUGAUAUGGAUCCAAUCUUCGCCAGCCGGGGACAUUUUGAACGCUUAAAAGGAUUUUGACUCACAUCCUUGACAUACACACACUCACACACACACACUCAGAGAAUCCUCCAUGCAGGAUGUGUGUGUCCAGGCAUCCACCUUGGGUCACGCUGUACUUAAAGCUCCAUUAGGGGUCAGCUGGUGUAAAGAUGUUUUCUUCGACAGAGGGCUCACUCUUGAAAGAACCCCAAACGGGGACAGAUGGGUAGAAAGUUGGCAAGUGAGAUGCGUGUAAAAGCACAAAGACAUGAGAGAAUCUGCAGGAAAGUGCAACAAGUGCAACCAGGGGGUGAGUGAGUUCAUCGUCCGGGGCAAUACAACACGGUGACACAAACGCACACACACGAGAAAAAGAAAGCUUGAAGCCACGCGUGCUCCAUCAUGAUGGAGAGGAUUAACCCCGAAGAGACCCAGGCCUCCCCACACCUCGGCCCAGGCUCCACCUCGCCUCCGUGUGAGCCUCACAGUCCGCUUCUGGCAUCUUCCAAAGAUGUCCCCGCCACCCUGAGGACCACCUCAGCCAACGUAACAGACACAGAUACACCGGAGCCGGUCGUCAUGGAGACGGAUGAGUCCCAAGAAGGACAAACGACCAAAUCUCCCACACUCUCCUCCCCACCGCCGCUCCUCCCCAAGACAAGCCUGGGCCCGCUCCCAUCUCCACCUGCAGCCUCCUCAUCCUCACCUCUUCCUCCUCACAUCCCAGUCAUCAGUCUGGCCCACAGCAAGCCCCCGCUACCCCUCCCCAACACGCCUCUGACCACGCUGCACCCGUUCCCCACAAAGCAUCCUCACCUGGAGCUCCGCCGCAGCCAGCUGGCCUGUUUGCCUGCGUCCAACUCAGGAGGCGGUCCAUCGGCAGCCUCGCCAGAAUCAAUGAUGGCUCAGCCGUACCUGCACCUUCAUCCUUUCUUCUCCAGUUCAUACUUGGGUACCUCAGGAGGAAGUUUUGGAGUCAUCACCAGCAGCCGCAUUAAGAGGAGACCUUCGUCACACUUCGAGAUGGAGAUCAAUGAACCAGGUCCUCCACAGAAAAUCGCUCGCCGCGUCUUCACUAACAGCCGUGAGCGCUGGCGGCAGCAGAACGUGAACGGCGCCUUUUCGGAGCUGAGGAAGCUCAUCCCCACGCAUCCGCCCGACAAGAAGCUGAGCAAGAAUGAGAUCCUACGUCUGGCCGUCAAGUACAUCAACUUCCUGGUCACCUUGCUCAGCGACCAGGCCCGGGACACGCGCAAGGACUCGUCUGGGGAGGAGGCGGAGCUCCGGAACAUUGACUCGUCCGGACCCGACGACAAACUGGAAGCACCUUUUCAGUGCGACACCCCACCCCCGUCCCACAGCUCCUCGCCACCCCCCGCGGCGAGGACCCGCCCAGGCCGAGACUCCACGGAAUCGGUCGUGCAGCUCACCGCCUUGUCGGCGAGCUCCGGUUGCGACAGCGACACGAACAGUGAGGACAGCUUUGGGGCAAAGGCCUCUGUGGUGACGCGUGGCAUUCUGGGGGAGGUCAGGGGUCAGAUUAGGAUGGUGGCAGCUGCGAGUGAUGAGCGGUGAGGACUAAAGGAGGCAGACCGAGGGAAAAUGUCCGACCGGAUGAAAUACCAAAGAGACUGAUUGUUGUGUCUGUAUAUCUAAAAAUCACCCACAAAAACAAUGGACCAUUGCUAAUUAGCAUAGCCACGCCCCUUUUCUUUGGCCAACAACUAGUGAAGGCUGUUGUUUGUAUCGGUACAUCCAUUGACAGCAACACAGAGGAACACGCUUAUGUUGACAACUCAACAAGCCUCGUUUACAGUGUUCUUAUUAAAAAAGUCAACCACU